AUUUCGAAAUCAGCUAAAAGAAAAUUAAAGUCCUUGACUCUGAAAGGUAACGUUUUCUAUUUAUGUAUUUCGAAAUAGUACCUUAUGAAAUGGGACGAAUACAUAAACCAUGCUGUAAGUGACGGAAUUGUGUCUGCUGUUACUUUGAUAAUAUCCAUAAACUUCAACCUUGUGGAAAGCAUACACGACAUUGGAAAACAUCGUAAUUCAUAUAGGAGUGAAAACAACAACUUGAAGAAAUUGUUUACUCUCUUCAUAUUUAUGUUUUUACAUAUUUUUAACAUUGGUAUCCGUGAAUAAGGAUUUAUAAGCUUAAACAGGAUCGCACGUGGCUUUAUUUUUGGCCGCACGACGCCGCUAAGGGAGGUACACUUAUGCGAGGAUUUUAUAUUUCCCUCGACGUUGACAUAUAAAGUUAGAUUCAAAUCAUUUGUUUUGACAUCGUCUGCUUUUAUUGCGUCCAAUUCAACUUUCAUCAAUAUCACUCAUGUUAGAAUUCAAAGCUCCAGACACUUCGAGCCAGAGGAUGGAUAACGAUAUUUCUGAACAGGAAGUCCGACAAAUAGAAGCGUUCUUUCUAAGCCUAAAUUGUCAGGUCUACGUUUGUCCUGGUAUCGCUAGCUUGUAUUUCACCACCUUGGAGGGAAUCGCGAAUUUGUCGGGCUGGGAAUUGUCAAUGAAAGGUAUUCCAGCUGUGGUGUACAACAGAGGAAAUCCUGGAUCUAGGCGAGAUAAAGAACUACAGAUAUACCUUGCUGAGAGGGGGACCGGAUUUGUAUUGUGGAAAGACUCAUUGAAUCACCACUCAAAUUACAAAUCACCUUCGAAAAAAUUCCACACACUGGCGUUGUCGGCAGACCCCGGCAAAAUAGCCGGGCUGAGUUUCGAUAAUGAACGCGCCGGGAACGAGCUUCUCCGUACGGUGAACGGAUGGAUUUCAGAUCAAAAUAAUGACGCAAAUCAAAGCAUGCGCAAGGACAAGAGAAAAGAUAUAAAGAGGAAGAGCAAACCCUCAAAAGUACCAAAAACGGAGAUAUCAUCGCCUUGCUGUUUUGAACAUAUCACUAACGUUGACAAGGAUAUGUACAUUCAAAAGUGUAUGGGAAUGGAUAUGGGGCAAACUUUCGAAGAAGAAGAACUCACAAGGAGUAUGGAAACAGACGAAAGCGAAACGAACAGACGUUCUAAAGAUUUGGACUUUCCAAACGCCUACCCAGAAAGCAACUCGACGGAAACCGACUCUGGUCUCGGCGAACCAUUGAAUCUUACAGAUAUGCCUUGUUCUUGAAUAAACUUUGUCAGAGUAAAGAUUUAAAUAUGAUUUGCAUAACUCUGAUUAUGCUGUAUUUUUUCAUGGUUUAGGGGAAGUCACUGAUACAGGCCUAUAAAAACACGGAGAAAUAGUAAUGUUAACGGAUAAAUAAGCAAUAGGCCUAAUUGUAUCAAAAUUGAUUUGUCUAAGCAAUGUUAGUUCAACGUGGGAUUAUUAACUAUAAUUUAGCUAAGCUGCUCGUCACGCCUAUACUGUUACAUCUUUCAUUUUCUAUCAACCGAAGAGGAAGUUGUUAAACGGAUUUUGGCAGUCAGAAAAUAUCCUAGGGAACACAGCUUCCCGCUAUUAAAAUAUCUGCUUGCUUUGAGAGCGACAAAAAUAUGAGAAGUUGGUAUUCCCCAUCGGGUUCAAAAAUGUCAGCAGGCCUAGACCUAUAUCAACGCGGUACUAAAAUGGCGUUCGUAUGUAUCGUUUGCGACCGAGUCAUUUGCGUUGGUGUCAACAUCAAAGUUCGGAGAUGCCUGGUGUUUGAACAAGUUUUGAGUUAUAUGUGUCAGGUGUGAUUUUGAGCAUGAGUUGGGACAGGUGCCACCUAACGAACGACCCCGUGUACGCAUGCGUUGUUGAUCGUCACUCCAUGCACUGCAGUAUAGUAGGGCCAUAUUCAUUACAAUUAGGCCAUAUGUGAACUACAGUGUGAUUACAAUUUGUAUACAAUAGACACUUCUGGAAACUUUCAGUUUAAUAUUUAGGACUAUCAUUUAUAAUAACGUAAGGCAAUUACCGGCACUGUACAUGUUUUUAUACGGAAGGUGAUUUGCAGUUAUUGUAUAAAUCUACAUUUAAAAAUGCUCGUGGGAUAUUCAUUCUAAAGAGGUGGUCAAGAAUUAAUAAUCAUUGACAACUUAUUUCUUUUAUUAGGUAUAUGAAAAUUUAUCCAGAAUUUAUGUUAUCAUUAUUUUGUCGCAACCAACUCAUAACGUUAUUGAAACUACUGUAUAUACAAGCUAGACUGGGUCUGGUUUCGUAAGUACUGUACAAUAAUUUCUCAAAUAACAGGAGUUAGCCUUGAGUUUAGAUAACAGCGUAUGGUUGUACAGAUUUACCAAUCGAGAGGUUCUAACUACUGUUACAGUACAGUAGGCCUAUUAAUUUGGAAACAUUCUUCAAAGUUUAACUAAAGCAUCUAUUCAACCAAUACGUUAGUUCCGUUCUUAAAAAUUAAGUUAAUAUUUGUAAAGUAGGCUACACAGAAGCUCCAUAUGCGUUAGGGAUAGGCCUAUUAUAAUAUACCGUAAGCACAAUUUAUUUGUAAUAGGCCUAUUAUUAAUUGUUAUGCAAUUAUUAUUAUUAUUGUUGUUAUUAUUAUUAUUAAAUUAUUAUUCUCAUCGUUAUUUUUUUAUACUAUAUUAUUAUUUUUAUUAUUAUUGGUAUUAGGCCUAUUAUUUGAGAUUACAAGUUUGUUUCAUUGUUACAAUGCAAGUAAAGUUCUGGGCAAAACCUUCAACAAAA